AUGUGCGCUCAUCGACUGGAUAAUGUCUUUUGCGACGUACUGCAGGCCGAGCCUGGCUCCUUGGUGGUGGUCACAGGUCCAACCUCCGCCGGCAAAUCAACCCUCUUGCAAACGCUCCUAGGCAACACGGUCGUGCGAGCGGGUCGAGUCCACGUGGCUGGUACCCUGGCAUAUGUGCCGCAGACGCCCUGGGUCACCGGCGAGUCAAUCCGAGACAACAUCCUUUUUGGUCGACCUUUGGACCCAAUCCAGUACUCUGCCGUCCUGCAUGCCUGUUGUCUGGAUGCGGAUAUCAGGCAGCUGCCUCAUGGUGACGCGACCUUGUUGGGUGAGGGUGGAGCGGCCGUCAGCGGCGGUCAAAAACAACGCAUUGCGCUUGCGCGAGUCCUUUACGCCAAGCGACAGAUUAUUUGUCUGGAUGAUGUGCUGGCCAGCCUGGAUGCUCGCGUCUCCGCGCAGGUCUUUGAGCGUGCCAUC